ACGUGUACUCUGAGAAUGUAGCGUAAUUUGCGUUCACCGUUAGUGCGUAAUGAGGUUAUUUGCAUGUGAUUUUAAUUAGGAAGAGAGUUCAUUGUUGUUCCCGGACUAGCCUAACUGGCGUACCUCGGAUAGAUCAUUCAUCUAACUAUAGGUCACAUAAUAAUUCACGGUGGUCCUGACUCUUCUGUGACAAGCUGUGUUAUCAUCGUGACUCACAUACGGAUAAGUGAUAAGUGACUUGUAAACAUUCCCCCGCGCUUAUCAGUGGAUGACCUGUUAUCAGUCUUAUCAGUGAUAGUGAUCCCUAAUUGUGACGUCAGCAUGGUGUAAUCACGAAUUACUGCUUCGGCCAUGGCGUACCGUGGACUAUCACGGCACGUAGACCUAGAGUCCUGCCCGGAGCCGGGGGAUCGCUUCUCACUGCAGGAGCUCAUAGGAGAAGGCACCUACGGCGAGGUCUACAGUGCCAGAGAUGCGGUCACUGGUGAUCGCUGUGCUAUCAAGAUAUUGGAGAAUGUGGCAGAGAACAUUGAGGAGAUUGAGGAAGAGUACUUGGUGUUGAGAGAUCUGAGUCUACAUCCCAACAUACCUAGCUUCAAGGGACUUUACCUAAAGAGGGGCUCACUCCCUGAGGAGGACCAGCUAUGGUUUGUUAUGGAGCUUUGCACCGGGGGCUCAGUAACAGAUCUUGUCCAAGGGCUCAAGAAAAGAGGAGAAAACUUGAAUGAAGAGCAAAUUGCUUACAUCUUACGGGAAACUGUUGAGGCGCUAGUCUAUCUCCAUGACAACCAUUGUAUGCAUCGAGACAUCAAAGGUCACAACAUCCUACUAACGGAGGAGGCUCAAGUGAAGCUCGUAGACUUUGGUGUGUCGUCACACCUUGCGGCAACCCUGGGCAGACGGAACACAUCUGUGGGAACACCAUACUGGAUGGCUCCCGAAGUGAUAGCCUGUGAGCAACAGCUGGACUCGUGGUAUGAUGCUCGCUGCGACAUCUGGUCUCUUGGCAUCACUGCUAUUGAACUGGCGCAGGGUGAUCCCCCACUAAGUGACCUACACCCAAUGAGAGCGCUGUUCCAAAUACCUCGCAAUCCUCCACCCCAGCUGGAGCGGACUGAUUGUCCCCUACUUGCAGACUUCGUGGCAGAACUACUAGUCAAGGACUUGGAGCAACGACCUUUCGCCAAAGAGGUGCUGCGACAUCCACUGAUGAAGAAGGGUGCUGUUUGUGCAGCCAAGGUGAAAACUGUACUUCAAGCAGAAAUCAAACGGCAAAGAGUGAGUGGCCGAUGUCAUAGACAACCUGAAGUAACAACAAAACAUGGAAAACUAAAAACUGAUCGGAAACAGAUGGCAAGAAAAAUGUAUGUGGACGAUUUGGCAGCACUUGACAUUCUGACUGAGGACUCUAUAGUGGAGCAACUUCAGCAGAGGUAUGAGAUGAACCAGAUCUAUACCUACAUUGGUGACAUCCUGGUGGCUGUCAACCCAUUCACUGACCUGGGCAUGUACUCCCCAAAGGAACAGAAGAGGUACUGUGGACAGUCUCGCAGUUCCAAUCCGCCUCACAUAUUCGCUGUAGCAGACGCAGCUUACCAGGCUUUGAUGCACCAGAGGCACAGUCAGAGUAUAGUGAUAAGUGGUGAGAGUGGCGCAGGCAAGACUGAGAGCGGCAACUUGCUGCUCAAACAGCUGGUAUUCCUUGGAAAAGCCCCCAACCGAGAUUUGGAAGCUCGUAUACUUCAAGUGAACCCGAUCAUGGAAGCGUUUGGCAAUGCUCAGACUGGCAUCAACGCCAACUCCUCUAGGUUCGGCAAGUUCCUAGAGUUGAGCAUGACUCGUGGAGGGAGAGUAACAGGUGCCAGACUAUCAGUGUACCUUUUGGAGCAGUCCAGGGUGGCUCAACAGAUGACAAAUGAGAAGAACUUCCAUGUGUUCUACUACCUGUACGAUGGUCUACACAAUGACGGCAGACUUGGAGAGUUCCACUUAGAUCCGACAUUGAGACAACAACACAACUUCCUUACAGCUGAUAGCCAGGAUGUACUCAGUAGACAGAACAAUGUUCAAAAGUUCAAAGAGCUCAAGUCAGCGUUUGAGGUUGUGGGCUUCCGGGAUGGUGAGGUGAACUCUAUCUACCGUGUGAUGGCUGGCAUUCUACACCUCGGAGAUAUUGAGUUCGGAGAAGUGGUCUCUGACGACAACACUGACAACAAGAGCAGAGUGAUAGAUCUGGCUCCACUGCAUAGAGCAUCGAGUCUGUUGGGUAUAGAAGCCUGCGACCUUCUGGAGUGUCUGACAGCCAACAGUGUGGUGACCCGAGGGGAGACCAUCACUAGGAACAACUCUGUAGUAGAGGCUGUGGCUACUAGAGAUGCAAUGGCCAAGGCUCUGUACAGCAGACUGUUUGAUUGGCUGGUCAACUGCGUCAACAGUCUAUUGUGCUUCAGCACAAGAGGUGAACAGCUGGUUGUUGGUAUCCUGGAUAUAUUUGGUUUUGAGAACUUUGCUCACAAUUCCUUUGAACAACUCUGCAUCAACAUAGCCAAUGAGCAGAUCCAAUACUACUUCAAUCAGCACAUCUUCACUUGGGAGCAACAGGAGUACAUGGCGGAAGGUAUUCCUGUAGACUUAGUGGAGUUUACAGACAAUCGUCCAGUCCUGGACAUGUUGUUGUCUCGACCACUCGGAUUGUUGGCUUUGUUGGAUGAAGAAAGCAGAUUCCCUCGGUCCAACGAUCGAUCUCUUAUUGAAAAGUUCCAUGCGAAUAUCAAAAGUAAACUGUACAUUCGGCCGAAAUCGAACGCAUUGUGUUUUGCCAUCCAACACUUUGCCGGCCGGGUGGUCUACCAAGCCGAGGGAUUCCUGGACAAGAACCGCCACUUCCUGGCUCCAGAGGUCAUACAACUGCUGAGGACUUCCGUAGUGGACACUGUUAGAUACUUGUUCCAGUGUCCGAUCACCAAAACUGGCAACUUGUUCUCGGCCAGUCCUGCCCCCACACCUUUGGGAACUAGGGAGUCCAAUCGCUGUGCCAGUGUGAUGGCCUUACAGUCCCAAUCCAGAGCUCAACAGACAGCUGCUACUUAUUUCCGCUACUCCCUGAUGGAACUGCUGCAGAAGAUGGUUGCUGGUGUGCCACAGUUUGUGCGAUGUAUCAAACCCAACGACUCCAAGUCCCCUCGAAUGUUUGAUCCUACAAAGGUUGUUCGACAGCUGAGGUAUACUGGCGUUCUUGAAACAAUUAGGAUUCGGCAACAUGGUUUUUCACAUAGAAUACCGUUUGCAGAGUUUCUCAAAAGGUAUUGCUUCUUGGCAUUCGGGUUUGAUGAAAGAGUGUUGGCUACACGUGACAACUGCCGUCUGAUGCUGGUCAGACUGAAGAUGGACGGUUGGGCCCUUGGAAAAACCAAAGUGUUCCUUAAGUACUACCACAUAGAGUAUCUUUCAAAACUGUAUGAAGAUCAGGUCCGUAAAAUUAUUCUAGUCCAAAGCUGUAUCCGGAGGUGGCUGGCGCGCAGCAAGUACCACAAGGUGAGAUGGGAGAUGGCCACAAGUGUUCUAACCCUGCAACGCUACGUGCGCGGUUGGAUUGCGCGGAACCGACUGCAAACUCUCAAAAACAAGGAGGAAAACCGGAAAAACAUCGCUAAAAACAAAGCCGGGAGGAAACAGAAGGUUGAGAAGGAGAAGUACAUUUCUGAAAAGGAUAGAGAUAUGUCGAGUAAACAGGUGCAGGAGUCACAAACCCCAGUGUCAGAACUGGGAACUCCCUGGGGCAACGUGAAGAUGAGGAGGAAAUUCUUCUCGGAACUCGAGGAUAAAGAUGAAGCGGCUACUAUAAUACAGAGUCAUUUCAGAGGUUAUACUGUUAGGAGACAUUGGGCACCAGAGGUGGCUAAAAGAAUACACAGUGAUGAGAAUGGAAAGAAGAAACCUGAAAAGGCAGUUUCACAAGUGCAAGGAGCCAUGCCUGUAUCUCCUGUCAGACAAAAGCCUACAGAUAGACAACAUCAGCUGAUAAUUCUGUCUCAAGAUGUACAUAUGAAAAACCAAGAUGCCCACAAAUACCUGCGGAACAAUAAGCAAGGUAUCAAUCUGAACAAGAUUGAAGAAGCAAAACGUAUUUAUGGUCAGAAAUCCGUUGUUCACGAAGUUGCCAAAAAACAUGGUGCAAGUUCCUACUACCAACAAGUACAAGAUGAAAUGAAUAGUUCAUCGCCAGACUCGUCAGAUGAGAUCUCAGCAUGGGAUUUGCCGAUUAUUAGGCUGGAAAACCAGCUUCGCCCCCUCAGACCAAGAAUGGUAACAUUAAGUAUAGAAGCAGAGAGGAAAGACCUCAUGAACGUCGGACGCAACCAUAUGAACUGGCACAGCCCACCUGUUACACCAAAACCUAACCCAGUGUCAGAGGAUGUUAACGGACCUUACGACUUCAGGCAACUGUUACGCCCCACGGAGCAUCCUCCGACAGAAUCUCUCCGUAAACGCUUCAGUGCCAGGUGUCAAAACCAAUCCCCUAAUGUCAAAGUCUCGUAAAUACUACUGCAAACCCGCCUCGUCAAAGACUUACGAAACCAAAGAUUUCUUACCCUAGUGUUACACAAAGUUUCCUAUUUAGUUUUAUGUUUUAGGUUACCUGGAAUUUAGGAUAUAUUAUAGUUUUUAACUAAGUACUUUCAUUAAUAGUACAAAAUAUGUUUUAUUUUUAUUAAAUAUCUACAGACAGAGUAUCUAUCUGUUAAGGCUAAUAUGAAAAUUAAAGUGUACAGUAAAAUUGGGAAGCAUGGGUGGGUAUACGAGGGCACAUUGCACCCUUAAAACUUUGUGAUAAUAAUUUUUACCCAAACAAAAAUAAAGGAAAUUUACAUUUUUAUAUAAAAAUUUUGUAAAUUUAUAGGCUACUUAAUAUCAGGUCAGCUAAUUUUUCACUUCAUAAUUUUUGCAAAUCACUGCCUAAAUCUAUCCAUGUAUUUAAAAAAUUGGGGAAAACCCAUCGAAAUCUGUAAGCUACCUAUUGCAAAUCGGCAUUUUAAACUAUGGCAGUUAGGGACAGAAGUUGAUAUAAAUUCCCGAUGUGAAUAAUUGUAUUUUGUACCUUAAUAUGUAAGAUACUGACUGCUGCUUAAGGGACCAAUAGAGAACCGACUCAAGUCAAAUCAAAUACUUGCAGAGCUUUUAUUAUUUUAAAUUAAAAAAACUCAUCUUCUUUUAAAUUUUAACUUUUCAUGUGUGUAUGUCUCAAUUUGGAUGUUAGUAUAUAUUUAUUUUCCCAUAACAGAGUCUACAAGUUUUGUUCCGCAGUGUUAAUAGUUUCCAUUGCACGCUCAAAUGGAUUUAAUUAAAUACUUUGGAUUUGCAUUUCAUCAGAUUUUAACAAAAUACGAUACAAAAAUCUUGUGUUUAAAUUUCCAAAAUGAACUAAAACUUAAAAUUUAUUUGAAAAAGGUUUUGUUAUAUAUUUUUUUUCAAUAUGCUAUUUGUGUAUGUUUUAUGAUAGUUAUAAACUUGUAUUGUAAUCAAAGCAAAAAUGUUGUAACUUUGUAUAUAUUCAUUAUAUAAAAUCCUGUUAGUUAUUUACUGUACUUUAAAAAAAAAUCAAAGGAAAGUGUGAUCUUUACUCUCUCUAAUAACAGUUAUCUUUAAAAUGUUCUAAAAUAUUAAUCAUUGUACAGUCACAUGAAGAACCAUAGUAAAAUAUCUCUGCUUAGUGCUUAUGGAUAAAGGACCAAAUUAAUAAAACUUGGCACCUAAUAAUAUUGUACCAAUUAAUAAAUGUAAAAUCCCUGUGAAAUUCCAGGUAGCCUUUAUGAAGUAUGUUGAUAAAGUUGAUUGUUAUUAUUUUUAGAGUUUAUUAAAUAUGUGUUUUGAA